AUGUCUUAUGUUCCUCCGCAUAAGCGCCCUUCGAAUGAGCCGGUCAGACCCUCUCCUGUUCCAGAAUCCGUUUCAAGGAAGUUUACUAGAAAUCUCAACUUGGAUGGCCGCAAUGACCAAGACAGAAAAGUAAUAUAUGCAAAAGACUGCAUCUCGAAGUGGUUUUUUGUUGGUUCAGAUGGAACUGAAGACGAGAUUUCUCCGUCUGUUCAGCUUGUGCCUGUUUCUUCAGACUCUUCUGAAUGGAGAGCUGGAAGAAAGCCUUUGGUGCUGGUGAACAAUGAUGCGGGAGAAAAGGAUGCAAAGUUUGGAGCAACCGAGGGCCGUACACCCUGGUUGUCUGUUGCAGAAAAGGUAGAGGGUGACAUUUUCAUGGCAUUUGAGCUGGCUAAGAAUGGUAUGGAUCAUGGUUCAUUGGUGGAAGUAAAACCCAGAUUGGUUGCUCGGUUUGGAAAAGUUCUUCUCCAUGGGCACCCAUCACUUAGUUUGGAAAGUUUGAAAGAUGGGCUAGUGGCUGAAAGCACUUUGAGGGAAUCGAAGAAGUCAUUUUAUACAAAUGUCCCAGCUUCUUACAUGGAAAACAUCAGGGACGCAGCUGUGCUGAAGUUGGGAUGUUCUAUCAAAGAGAACGAUAUAUACUAUGUGAUGUUAUCCGAUGAAACACGUCCUGGUUCAACCAUCUCUUGCAAAUGCACUGUGAAGGAAGAUAGAAGGCUCAUUAUGCACAGGGUCGGGUCGAGCUCAACGCUUUCAGGCAUUGUGUUGCUGAUGUCUCCUGCCUGA